AGCUAGCUAAAUAUAGUAUGCAGUCCAUCAUGAACUCAAGUUCAGAAUACUCUGGCGCUACCAGCGAAGAUGACUCUCUAUCUCGGUCCCUCUCAGACUCGGUUACCAGCUCACCUCCAGCGGUGAUAGAGCAAGAUCAGCCAAGGCCUAAGAGAGCAUACAGACCCUCUACUAAGCUAAGAGAUAAUGUUGAAAAUAUCAAGACAGCACUUUUAGACCAGUCAAGGAUUGCUAUUGUGAAGUGUUCACAAACUGGCAGUCAGCACAAAACUAAGCUCAGCGAGUUGUCAACAGACAGUGGUGAAACACUCACUCUGGAACAUUUUACAAAGGGUAGCAACUUGAUGCUCAAAUACAAGGGGAAGGAGUAUGCGGUUCAAUUUGUUCAUUUUAAAGAUGAAAGUGACAAGGAGAAUAUAGAAAAGCGAAAAGAAAAGGGGAAACAGCCACAAAAAGGUCGACGAGGCCCACGUCAGCGUGAAAACGAGGUGCAGGGUCUGCCAAGAAAACUAAACACUUCUGAGACACUGAACCUUCUAACAAAUGCUCAAAAGAAGCGAAAGCUUGAUGACUCGGUUCGUAGUGACAAAAAGCGAGAAGAAGCUAUGAUUACAACUCCUGUUCGUACUGACAAGGCUAACCGAGUAGAAAACCCUUUGGGAGAGGUACUAGAAAAGCUCAACCGGAUGGAAAACACGUUGGCUGAGCUUGUGACACUCCUGAAAGCCUCUCCACAGCAAUCUGGUGUGGUGGUGAAGGCUGAGCAGUCGGAGGAUGAAAUUAUAAAUGGUCGGAAUGUGAUGCGAUUGCCAGCAAGGGAUGCUUACGCUUUCGCUCUCCUGCUUAUGGAUGCCAUAUUUUCAAAAGAAGAGUUGUCCGUAUCUCUCUUAUACAAGUCAGACAAAAGCAAGAAGCCAGGUCUGGAUGAGGAAAAGGUGAAACACAUGAUGAGGCUGGUGGAAAAGAGAUUUGGUGAAGAAGGAUGGAAUGAAAAAACAUUGAUUUCUAAAGCAAACCAAAAGUGCCGGGAUUCUAAACCUAUUGUUAUAAAUUAAAGGACCCUAUUUUUGUAAACCAUCCAUCGUUCACUGAUACUACUUACUGAUACUACUUCCAAGUUUUAGAACAUUUUCUUGUUACUUGCAUGUUUCCCACAUGAGAUACUGGGUGUUUCUUACAAGUUUCAUGUGUAGUUCUUGUGAUUAUAAUGCAUGAGCCUUACAUGAUUCUUGUACAAGAUUCAUGCAGAGUAUCUUUUAUGAUUCUUGCACCAUUA